CAUUUUGAAGAAAACUGCUUGAUAUUUUUAUAGUGCAGUGACUUUGCAGGCAAAAAAUUUCAAGAUUUUACAUGAUUUUUAAAAAACCAACUCAGAUGUUUGGAAUUUGGAUUGCUGCACUUUUAUUCUUUGACAAAUCACCAGGGGAAGAAGUUUGCUAUGAAAGGGUGGGAUGCUUUAAAGAUGGUCUGCCAUGGACUGGGACCUUCUCAAGACAGUUUGCAGGGUUACCCUGGUCUCCAGAAAAGAUAAACACUCGCUUUCUGCUCUACACUAGACAGAAUCCCAAAGUCCAUCAGGAAGUCAGUGCAGUUAAUUAUUUAACUAUCCAAGCCUCACACUUCGCAACAGAGAAGAUCACACGUAUCAACAUACCUGGAUGGAAAUCAGACGGCAAAUGGCAGCAAGACAUGUGCAAUGUACUGCUAAAAGUAGAAGAUGUGAACUGCAUUAAUUUAGACUGGAUUAACGGCUCACUGCAAUAUAUCCACGCUGUAAACAAUCUCCGCGUCGUUGGUGCUGAGGUGGCUUAUUUUAUUGAUGUUCUUGUGAAAAAGUUUGGAUAUUCCGCUUCUAAAGUACACUUGAUUGGCCACAGCUUGGGAGCUCAUCUGGCUGGGGAAGCUGGGUCAAGGACACCAGGCCUGGGAAGGAUAACUGGGUUGGACCCAGCAGGGCCGUGUUUCCAUGACACUCCAAAUGAAGUCAGGCUGGAUCCCUCAGACGCCAACUUUGUUGAUGUUAUCCAUACAAAUGCGGUUCGCCUCUUCUUUGAGCUUGGUGCUGGAACUAUUAAUGCUUGUGGUCACCUUGACUUUUACCCAAAUGGAGGGAAGCACAUGCCAGGAUGUGAAGAUUUAAUUACACCUUUAUUUAAAUUUGAUCUCAAUAUUUAUAAGGAAGAAGUGUUUUCCUUCUUUGAUUGCAACCAUGCCCGAAGUCAUCGCUUUUAUGCUGAAAGCAUUCUCAAUCCUGAUGCAUUUAUUGCUUAUCCUUGUAGAUCCUACAAAUCUUUUAAAGCAGGAAAUUGCUUCCAUUGUCCCAAGGAAGGUUGCCCAACAAUGGGUCAUUUUGCUGAUAGAUUUCACCUAAAAAAAAUGAAGCCUAAUAGAUUAUAUUAUUUUUUAAACACAGGGACUCUUGCGCCAUUUGCCCGUUGGAGGCACAAACUGUCUGUCAAACUUGAUGGGAACAGUGUCACUCAAGGAAGUAUAUUUCUCCGUGUAGGUGGAAUGACUGGGAAGACCAGGGAGUUUGAGUUUGUCAG